AUGGGAAAAAAUCAGAAUCUGUGGAGCUGUAAAAGAGGGAUCCUGCAAUGCCUUAUCAUGGUGUUUGUUUGCAAGACAGCUGCUGGACAGAUCCGGUAUUCCAUUCCUGAGGAGAUGCAGAAAGGAUCUUUUGUGGGGAAUGUUGCAAAAGACCUGGGAAUGGACAGGAAGCAACUUUCCAGUCAUGGACUCCGCAUUGUCCCCAGUAUAGGUAGGAUUCAGUAUUUUAUUGUCAACAAUGGCCGUUUACAAAUCUCUGAAAGAAUAGACCGAGAGGAAAUCUGUGGUGAGUCAGAGAACUGCAUCUUGAAGUUUCAGGUUAUUAUUGAAAGCAAAUUACAGCUUUUUGGAGUUGAAGUGGAAAUUACAGAUAUCAAUGAUAACACUCCGCAGUUUCUACCAGUGGAAUGGAAAUUGAAAAUAAGCGAGACAGCUGCCCUCGGGGACCGGCUCCUUCUCCCCAAAGCGCAAGAUCCAGAUCUGGGUGUAAAUUCAAUACAGAGCUACCAGUUCACAGGCAGCAGCCAUUUUUCUUUGCAUGUGCAAAUGGAAGAAAAUGGCAUUAGAUGUGCUGAGCUGGUGUUGGAAAAAGGUCUGGACAGGGAAGACCAGCCACUUCAUGACCUAGUCCUCACGGCCACAGAUGGGGGUGAUCCGGCGAGAUCUGGCACUGCUCAGAUCCGCAUCAUUGUUCUAGAUGCAAAUGACAAUGUGCCUGUCUUCACCCAACCCAUCUAUGAAGCAAGCGUCCUGGAGAAUAUUCCUAAAGGGUUUACAGUCUGUACAGUACAAGCAAUAGACAAGGAUGAGGGAAUCAACAGAGAGAUCAAAUACACCUUCCAAAAAAUCACAGAUAAGAAUGCCAAGUUUUUUCUAUUGAAUUCCACCACAGGAGAAAUAAUCCUAAAAGAGUCCCUCGAUUAUGAAGCAUCAUCCUUGUACCAGCUUGAAGUGCAGGCUACAGAUGGGGGAGGGCUGAGUGACACAUCAAAAGUGGUGGUCUUUGUUCAAGAUUUGAAUGACAAUAUGCCAGAAUUAGCAGUAACCUUUGUAAUUAACUCAAUCCCUGAGAACUCACCAACUGGAACUGUUAUUGCUAUUUUAAAUGUACAAGAUAGAGAUUCAGGAGUCAAUGGGGAAGUGAAAUGCUCCAUUCCCAGCAACUUGCCUUUUCAACUGAAGAAGUCAAUAGACAAUUUUUACUCCUUGGUGACAGACAGCCCUCUCGACAGGGAGCAAGUGCCAGCUUAUAAUGUUACUGUAACAGCUACUGAUAAUGGGACUCCACCACUCCUUACAUCUACUAUUAUUUCACUCCAGCUGUUGGAUGCAAACGACAACCCUCCCCUCUUCACAGAAUCAAGCUAUAUGUCUUACAUCCUAGAAAAUAAUCUGAGAGGAGCAUCAAUCUUUUCUUUAAAGGCAAAUGACCCAGAUUGGGAAGAAAACGCCAAAGUAGCAUAUUCCAUCAUGGAAGGAGGCAUGAAAAGUCCCCCUCUCUCUUCUCACUUGUCUAUUAACUCUGAAUCAGGGGCAGUCUAUGCUCUGAACCCUUUUGAUUAUGAAGAGUUCCAGGAGAUUCAGUUCCUGAUCAGGGCCCAAGAUGGAGGCUCCCCACCACUCAGCUCCAGUGUCUCAGUGACUCUCUUCAUCCUUGAUCAGAAUGACAAUGCCCCAGAAAUAUUGUACCCUUCCCCUCCCACUGAUGGGUCCACUGGAGUAGAGCUGGCACCACGCUCCUCUGAGCCAGGCUACCUGGUCACGAAGGUGGUGGCUGUGGAUGCAGAUUCCGGCCAGAAUGCCUGGCUCUCCUAUCAGCUGCUGAAGGCCACAGAGCCAGGGCUCUUCACCAUAGGGCUCCACACUGGCGAGAUCCGGACGGCCCGUCCCUUUCUGGACAAGGAUGCUCUCAAGCAAAGCCUGGUGGUUUUGGUGAAGGACAAUGGGCAGCCCCCUCUCUCUGCCUCAGUCACGGUCACCGUGGUGCUGGCCGACAGCAUCCCUGAUGUACUGACUGACCUGAGCAGCAUCUCCACCCCUGCAGACCCCCAGUCGGACCUCACCUUCUACCUGGUGGUUGCUGUGGCUUUUGUCUCCUGCUUGUUUUUCACCUUCCUCCUUGUGUUGCUGGCACUCAGACUUCGCAGGUGGAAGAAUUCUCAGUUCUGUGAUUCCGGGAGCUUGAAUUUCACCGGAGUCCCAGUUUCACAGUUUGUGGGGAUUGAUGGAGUCCGAGCGUUUCUUCACUCCUAUUGCCAAGGGGUUUCUCUCACCACAGACUCUAGGAAAAGCCAGUUCAACAUUUCCAAGGCAAAUAAUUCUGAUAUGCUUACAAAUCAGUUGACUGGGGAUGUAAAAGAGCCUACUCACGCUAUCGAGGAUUUAAAUUUGAAUAGUGGGGAUCUGAUCGUAAUCCAGGUGAGCUAA